CACUGCAGCAUUUGUUUAUAUUCUCGAAGUAAUAACAAUCCCAAUUAUUAAUAACAAUCUGGGACAAAAUGCUGCGAACCCUAACCCGGGAAACCGCCAGGCAACACUGCCGCACCUGUCUGCUCAAGCUGGACGGAGAACGGGCCACCGAAGAAUACCAAUCAGACGCAAUUCCAAUAAGUCCGGAGCUGCAACUGUUGCUCGAUAUAAAUAUAAAUCUCGUGCCGGAUCGGAAGCCGCAGAACGCGGCAGAGGAGGAGCAGCCGUGGUGGCCGCGAGAACUGUGCCCGGAAUGCCUCGUACUUAUCCAGAAUUUCGAACGGUUCCGCACCAGAGCGGAAGAAUGCCGGCAGCGGUUGCUGCAAGUGCUCAAAAAGGAGGAGGAUGAUCAAAAGCCGGAGCCGUAUUUCGAGGUGGUUUACGAGGACCUGGACGGCCUAAACCACGAUCAGGAGUCCCUGCACAGUCUGGAGCCACCAGAGCCCGAUCCCGACCCCGAUCCCAUAGAUGAGCCCGUCGCAAAGCCAGAGAAAUGCGGAGGAAAGGCCGCGAGAAGCACCGCGAGAAACAGCCUCAAGUGCCCGGUGUGCCGGCACAGCUUUGCCCACCAACUCACCUUGGCGGCCCACGUCCGGAAGGUGCACGAAGGCAGCAAGCGACCCUUCCAGUGCGAUCAGUGCGAGAAGGCCUACAGCUUCAUGGGCGGCCUGUACACGCACAUCCGCGAGGUGCACACGCCGCUGGAGCGUCGGCAUCCCUGCGAUCAGCCGGGCUGCGAGCGGGUCUACACCAGCCGCAUAGCCAUGCAGAAGCACAAGCGGCUGAAGCACAGCCCUCGAGAGCGGGACAGUGCCCCGCGCAAGUUCAUCUGCGAGCAGUGCGGCGCCAGCUUCAAUCAGUCGGCCAAUCUGAAGUACCAUCGCCGGACGAAGCAUCCGACGGAGGACGAGCUGGCCGCCAAGGAGGGCGGCAGCGGAGACCGCCACUACUGCGACAUUUGCCAGAAGGAGUUCCAUUCGCGCUACACGCUGCGCUAUCACACUCUGCAGCAGCAUGCCACCGCUAACGAGGAUGGGAGCCGCCAGGAUGUGCUGCCGCACGAAUGCCAGGUGUGCGGGCGCCGGAUGGCCAAGAAGUUCAUGCUACUGCAGCACAUGCUGAUGCACUCCAGCGACAAGCUGCCCUGCGAGCACUGCGGCCGGCGGUUCGCCCGCCGCUUUGAACUGGAGGCCCAUGUUCGGGCGGUCCAUCUCAAGCUCAAGCCCUUUGCCUGCCGCCACUGUCCGGAGAGCUUUGCGUCCCGCAAGACGCUGCGGCACCAUGAGUACAUUCACACCGGCGAAAAGCCGUAUGUGUGCGGCACGUGCGGCCAGGCUUUCCGCCAGCAGACGUGCCUCAAAAACCACCGCAAGGUGCACGACAAGUAG